AUGCCACCAUCACAGGCAAACUAUGCCCCCAGCUUGGACAAGCUGAUCAAGUCCCUCAAGAGUCAGCCCUAUGAGGCUUCAAUCGAAGCUUUAAUAUUUCUCCUCAAGCGCCGCCAGGUAAAGGGCGAUGACUGCGCCGUUGCGACAGCCCACAUUCUCCUCCAGGUUGUUGCGCGAUCGAAAUGGCACGAUGUUGACCAGCUCUUGGGCAGAGUCCAGAGUGUUGGGUCCAGACUUGCACGAGCUGCCCCUCACGAGCCAGUAAUUGGAAAUAUUGUGCGCCGAGUGCUGGGCCUCAUCCGCGACGAGGCAACCGAGGACAGAAAUAAUGCCGACGACUUGGGCAGCGAUUCGGCAUCCGAUAUCCAGAGCCUUGCCCCUACCAACCCUCCACCACAACGGCCUGCCCCGACCCCAGUCCUUAUGCGCUCCAACACUGCUGCCCCAGGCGGCCUUCAGGUGUCCAAGUCCAUGUUCAACAUUCUCUCAGCCGCCACUGCUGCCGACACACCCAUGACUGGAGCUUCAACACCACUUUCUCAGGCCCAGCCUGCCAGUGUACAUGCCCUGCGAACCGAGGUUAUCAAUGGGAUUGAGGAAAUCAUGGACGAGAUCCAGCAGGCCGAUGACCAGAUUGCGAGUUUUGCGGAUAUCCAGAUUCACCCUGGCGAGUAUGUGCUUGCCUAUCAGCCCACCAAGACGGUUGAGAGGUUUCUCAUCAAGGCUGCCACGAGGCGGCGGUUUACUGUCUUCAUUGCCAGUAUCGACCCUAUCGAGCCAGGAAGUGGUGAGAAGCCCUAUGCGGCAUUGAGGAAGAAGCUCAACUCGCACGGAGUUACCACCAUCAACUUGGCCAGCAAUGGGUUGAUGGCCUAUAUUCCCAGGGUGAACAAGGUCAUUUUUGGUGCCAAGGUGAUUUACCAAAACGGUGGCUUGCUUGUAGACAGCGGUGCCUGCAUUGCUGCUCAAGCUGCCAGAGAGUUUUUGAAGCCUGUCAUUGUUCUUGGUGCCAUCUACAAGUUCUGCCCUGAGGAUCCAUCGGACGAGGCUGUCAUUAGUGAACUCGGCAACCCAUCCAGCUUUGUGAGCUAUGCAGACGGUCCCGAGGUCGAGGCUCUGGAUAUCGAAAAUACCGUGACCGAUUACAUCCCACCAUCACUCGUGGAAGUGUACAUCACCAACUUGGGACCACAGACACGCCAUCAUUUGGCUAGUAUUUUGGCCGACCAUUACAAGGUGGAAGAUAUAGGAUAUUCUCUCCACGACGGUGAGGUUUAA